AUGUCAGCACUACCAGGCUCCUCACUUGCUCCCAAAGGAGAUCUCCAGACCGUCAUUCAGGCCGACUCUCAUGACGGAGAGACCAUCUCCGAGGCGGAAGCCCAGAAGAAGCGCCGCACUCUCUCGGACCUUAUCACAAUUAUUGCCAGUGGCUUUGCCCUGAUCAGUGAUGGAUACCAGAACAACUUGAUGACGAUGGUCAACGUGCUGCUUGCCAGUCAAUACAAGGAGCAGUACACCUCGGCUGUCAAGACUCGGGUCUCCAACGCUCUCCUGGUUGGUGAAGUUAUCGGUCAGAUUGUUAUUGGACUCACCUGUGACUACCUCGGCCGCAAGGCCGCUCUGGUGUUCACAACCGCUAUGAUCGUGGUGGGAGGAAUACUAGCCACCGCAUCGAACGGGUACACUAUCGACGGAAUGUUCUGGAUGAUGACGGUAGCGCGUGGUAUCGUUGGUUUCGGCACCGGUGGUGAAUAUCCCGCUUCAUCGACAUCAGCAUCCGAGGCCGCCAACGACCUGACCCCCAAGCAACGCGGGCCGGCCUUCAUCAUGGUGACCAAUUUCCCUCUCUCGUUCGGCGGGCCAUUCGCGGUCGCGAUCUUCCUGAUCGUCCUCUCCGCCUGCCACCAGUCGCACUACAGCACCGUCUGGCGCGUUUGCUUCGGUAUUGGCUGUAUUUGGCCGCUGUCUGUCUUCUACUUCCGGUUCCGGAUGAUGAACUCCGCCCUCUACCGCCGCGGCGCGAUCAAGAAGCAUGUCCCCUACAUCCUUGUGGUCAAAUACUACUGGAAGUCUCUGAUUGGAACCUGCGGAGCCUGGUUCUUGUACGACUUUGUCACAUUCCCCAACGGCGUCUUCUCCGGCACGAUCAUCUCCUCCGUCAUCAAAGACAGCUCCGUGAUGAAGACCGGCGAAUGGCAGCUCCUGCUGGGCGUGAUCGCUCUUCCCGGCGUCUUCCUCGGCGCCGUUCUGUGCAACCGCGUCGGGCGCAAAAACAUCAUGAUGAUCGGAUUCACCGGCUAUCUGGUGUUCGGCCUGAUCAUCGGCUGUGCAUACGAUAAGAUCACCAAGAUUAUUCCCCUAUUUGUGAUCUUUUACGGGUUGAUGCAGAGCUCCGGCAAUUUCGGUCCCGGCAAUAUGCUGGGUCUGCUCUCGUCGGAGAUGUACGCGACCGGCGUGCGGGGCACGUGCUAUGGUAUUUCGGCUGCGUUUGGCAAGGCAGGCGGUGCGAUCGGGACGCAGGUGUUCACGCCGAUCGAAAGCCAUUUGGGCAAAAAGUGGACGUUCAUUAUCGCUGCGAUCUGCGGUGUGGUCGGGGUGCUGGUGACGUACUUUUUCGUGGAGGAUAUCUCCGGGGAGGAUCUGCGGGUCCGCGAUGAGAAGUUCCGUGCUUAUCUGGUUGCGCACGGUUGGGAUGGGGAGAUGGGCGAGGACGAUCUUCAGGCAGUUGCAGACGAGGGGAUCCCUGCUGCGCUGUUUGAAGAAAGCAAGACUGCCCAAUGA